AUGGCUUCCGCUCAGUUCUUCAACUAUCCCGGCACUGAAUCAAACGCCGAGCAAUACCAUUACUCUCAAGCUGUCAAGCUUGGCAACAUCGUUCGCACUUCCGGUCAAGGUGGCUGGGACGAACAAGGCAACAUCACUCCCGAUCUCGAGAAGCAGAUCGCCACCACAUUCGACAAUGUCCUGAAAGCGCUCAAGGCGGUCGACUCCCGUUUGACGUUCAACGACAUCCACGCAAUUCGUUCAUACCACCUCGAGAUGGACACGAGCUUCGACGUCAUGACUGGGUUGUUCAAGAAGCUCUUCCCCAACCACCGUCCGAUCUGGACGUGUAUCCAGAUCGGAAAGCUUGGAUUGGAGGGAAUGCAGGUGGAAAUCGAAGUUGAGGCUUUGGUCCCUUCGUAA